AUGGUCGAUAUUCUUGCAUUACGAAGAGAAACGAAAAUUUCUCAGUUAUUGAAGUCAGAAGGAGCUUUUUCCCAUGAACAUCAAAUACCUGGAUGGCAAAAUCUUUUAUUAUGCGAGAAGUUACCAAUGUACAAAUUUCCUUUCAAAGUUAAUUUUAGUCGAAAUGUUGUUGGAAAGAAACUUUGGAGAAAUCAUCCUUAUGAUAUUCGUUCCAUCUCUUACAAUUUUGGUUACGAUGCACUUCAUGACCCGCAUUUGAGGAAAUUUUUCAACAAAUCCAUUAACAAUGAACGACUUCAAUUUCAUUCUUUGACUGAUAAAGAUACAGAUGGAGUCUUGUGUGAUUUAAAGACGUUUAACAACUUUAGAAAGUAUCUUUUUGAAUUGUUUUUGAUCGAAAUUCAUCGAAAAAUGAAGGAAAUUGACCGAAUUGAGAAACAACGACUUAUUCUGCGAAAAAUUGAGGACAAAAUUUACAAAUCAGAACUCAAACAAAGUUAUCAAAGGUCACACGAAGAGAUUUUGAAGGAAAUUCAAGAAGAACGUCAUAAGCGUUUGCAAAGCCUUCAACACAAAUUCAAACAAACAAUUUCGAUGCACGAGACAAAAAAACUGAAUCUUUUCACCGAGUUUCGUGUUCGAGCAUUCCAUCGAUCCAAUUUAAUCAGAUGUCGACUUUCAAUUCAACGCGAAAAACAAAGACGUCGUCGCAUAAAUCUCAUUCUACGAUUUCAAGCAAAGUUUCGACAUCAUCAAAAUGUUUUGCAAAAUCGUCUCGUUAACAAACAACAAGAUAAACUUCGAAAAGUUCGUGAACGAUGGCACGCCAUUCUUGCUUUUCGUGAAAACUACAACAACAAAAGGGAAAUUUUACUUGCGGAAAAUGAGCGAGAGAUGCAAAGAAACGUUGAACGACGAAAAGAAAAAUUGGAGAAAGCCAAGCAACGAAUGAAUGAAAAGUUUAUGCAAUACAAAGCGGCUCAAGUGAGAAAACGUUACAAACACUUUCACAAAGAAAAUGUGAAAAAAGCGAUGCGGAACGGGAUGAUGUCAAAAAUGCGUCGAUUGCAAAAAAAGAAAAGGGCAAAACGUGAGAAAAGUUUGUUCAGUAUCGAAAAUGACGAAUUCACGAGUAAAGAUAAAUUAAUUGUUAUUGCUGAGCCGAAGGAAAUUGAAAGUUCAGAAGUUAUGAGUAAUCGAGAAAGUUUUUAUUCGAUAACGAAGAGCAAAAACAAGUCAUACACGAAUUCGAGCUUUGAAGAAAUUCCAUCGCAAGAAGAGAAAAUCGACCGAAAUACAAUAAACGCUGCUGUAGAUAAAGCCUUUGAAGCAUUUGAAUUCCUGAAAUCGAUUCAAAAUAACUUGAGUAUUAUUGAAAUUGCAAAGGAGAUUAUUGAAAUAUUCAUUCAAACGCCAGACAAUAUUCUCCCGUUUGACGAUGCUGUUAUCCAAUACGCCCAAUUACGUGCUCGCUCGACAAUGGAAUCCGUUAAAGAUGAAGUUAUGCAAGAAGUGCAAUCCAUAAUUAUUGCCAACAAAGAUGUUCUAUGCGGGAAAUCAAAGUCAUCGUCAACUGUGAAAUCCAAAUCUAAAAGUGUCGUUUUCGACGAGAAAUUGAAUUCCGUCUCGAUUGAAACUCUUUCAAGUGAAGUAACAUUUAAAUCUGUUAAAAAUCGUGUUCCAACGCCGACAACUUCUUUACAUGACUUGGUUUCCAUUACGUUGGAGGCAGAAAAUGAAGAUCCUGAAAUUCCUGAAGAAAGUAAUACUUUGGAGUUAAUUCACUUGUCGAAAGGACAAAAACUCUUGAUGGAACGAAAUUGUGUUCUUUUUCGGAAAUUGUUGAAACAAAGUGUCUUGCAAAGAUGUCUGGCAGCUAUCGAUCUUACAACAAUGAUGAUUGCGACGAAAGUGAAUGAAAAUCUCAUUGGCAUCGAUAUUGAGUAUUUAAUUGAAGUCGUUGGAGAAUCACUUGUUCGACUUCCCACCGAAGACCUUCAAUUUGGAAGUAAUUUACUUCUGGCAACGAAUGUCUUAUCAACUCAAGUUUUGUUAGAACUGAGAGUUACUUUGUAUGAAAUGUGUGGGUGUCGCGAAGUAUCAUGUUUAACGUGUUUGCAAAGCUUCAGUUUAAGUGAAAAUAAAUCGUUAGUUGAUUGA